GCUAAACUGAUGAAGAAGUCUCCAGAUCUCGGAGCAAGGUACAAGAACGUGAUUGAUUCAUAUAAUGAACGACUUGCCCAGCUUAAACCCGAAGCGAAAGCGUUUGCUGAAAAUAUGACGGAGUUUCUGAGUAAGUUGUUUGACGAAGACGUGUUGCAUCCUUCUACUGUGGAAGAGAUAGCAAUGGGCGUUAUUAAUAAGUUCAAGGCUUUACGUGAUGAUGUCAAGGAGGAUUUUCAGAAAGCGUUUCCUGCUGCCGCAGCAUUUCUCACAAGCGAGGAGACAGUGAAACGUCUGCAAGAACAGUAGUAGUCAGAAAUUCCACCUAGCUUUCAUGAAACCACCUGUAUAAACCAACCGAUGUGGUAUGUGAACUGCC